GUAAAUGCUUGGCCGACCGAGGAACUACUGGGGAAGUAAGUAAUGGGGGCGGAUUGGGGACCGGUGAUCGUAGCGGUGGUGCUGUUCGUUCUGUUGACUCCUGGGCUCAUGUUUCAGAUUCCGGCCAAGGGGAGGGUGGCGGAGUUUGGGAAUAUGCAGACAAGUCUUCCCUCCAUAGUUGUACACUCCCUCAUCUACUUCGGGCUGCUCACCAUCCUCCUUAUUGCUAUAGGUGUUCAUAUCUAUACUGGCUAA